AUGCUAUCCACUCUCACUGAUUUCUCUCUAUUUUUAUAUUUCUUCCUCUUCCCUCUUCCUCUCUCUGUCACUGUCUGUCUAUCUUUUCUUGGUCUUUUUUUGAUUCCUCUUCUCUCUUUCUCUCUCUGGCACUAUCUGUCUAUCUCUCACUCAUUCAUUUUCUAUCUCUUCUUUCCUUACCCUUUCAUUCUUUUUUUUAUUUCUCUUUUUUUUCUAUUUUUCUCUUUCUAUUUUUUCUGUCUAUUUUUACUUUUUUUAGUUUCUUUCUUUCUGUUUCUUCUUUUAUUUUACACUCUCUCUGUCACUAUCUGUCUAUCUCUUACUCUUUCAUUUUCUCUCUCUUAUUUCAUUACCUUCUCCUUCCCUCUCUCUUUUUUUUCUUUACGUUCCCAUCUUUUAUCCGUCUGUCUGUUUUUCUCUCUUUCCUAUUUCAUAACUACUUCGUUUAGCCAUAGCCUUCUCCUCCUGGCUUUUCUCUCUUUUUAUUUACUUGUUUUAGUUUCUUUCUCUCUCUAUUUCUUCUGUUAUUUCUCCCCUUUUCUCUUUCCAUCACCGUCUGUUCCCGCCCUCAAUCGCUUCUUCUUAACCCACUCAAACAACUCUCUGUUUUAUUAUUAUUAUUAUUUUGUGUUUCUCCCCAGAUGUUUUGCUGGCUUCAUUAAGGAGUUUCUCGUCCUAACCGAAGUGGCUAUCACUUCCUGCUGCUAA